UAUUUAAGCACGUUUUUAAUAUAAUUCGACGAUUCGCAUUUUCUACUUUUCUAGUUUUCCACCUACAUAGUUAUAUCAUAUUUCAAUCUUGUUUCAACCUUAAUUUUUUUAAUAAUCAUUAAUCUUCAUUGUGAUAUUAUUUUUUUCGAUUUAAGCUUAUAGUUUAAUUUAGAUUAUUCGUUCUUGAACCAUGUCUAACUCUGUAUAUGAUACUUAUGUGUCUCCUCUUUCGACAAGAUAUGCGUCGACUGAAAUGAAAUUCAAUUUUAGCGACAGGAAAAAAUUUACUACAUGGAGAAGUCUUUGGACUUUACUAGCCCAAGCUGAACAGGAAUUGGGACUGGACAUAACCGACCAACAACUAAAGGAGCUGCGUGACAAUGUGGACAAUGUGGACUUUGCGGCGGCUGCCGAAGAAGAGAAGCUCACCCGACACGACAUCAUGGCUCAUGUGCACACGUAUGCCGCGUGUUGUCCGACAGCCGGCCCUAUCAUUCACCUGGGCGCCACUUCCUGCGACAUUGGAGACAACGCCGACCUGAUAGUUUUAAGGGACGCUCUCGACAUACUGUUACCGAAACUGGCCGGUUGCGUGAAAACAUUGGGCGAAUUUGCGGAUGAACACAAGCAUUUGGCCACAUUGGGUUUUACUCACUUUCAACCAGCUCAACUCACCACGGUCGGCAAACGCGCGUGUCUCUGGUUACAGGAUUUGAUUUUGUGCGAAAAAAACAUAAGCCGUAUUCGUGCUGACCUCAAGUUUCGCGGUAUCAAAGGAACCACAGGCACCCAAGCGUCAUUCUUGCAACUUUUCAACGGUGACUACGAAAAAGUUAGAGAGUUGGAUAACAGGGUCACAAGGCUCGCCGGAUUCCCAGCUUCAUACUCUGUCACAGGUCAGACAUAUCCUCGAAUUGUUGAUGCAGAAGUUGUUUCAUCCUUGAGCAUUCUUGGAGCUGCUGUCCAUAAGAUGUGUACAGACUUGAGGCUAUUGGCCGGUAUGAAUGAAAUUGGAGAACCUUUUGAACCCACUCAAAUAGGCUCAAGUGCAAUGGCUUAUAAACAAAAUCCAAUGAGAAGUGAAAGAGUUUGCUCUAUUGCUCGGUAUCUUAUGAAUCUAGUUAACAAUCCUUUGUCUACUGCCUCUGUACAGUGGUUAGAGCGAACAUUGGACGACAGCGCAAAUAGGCGAUUGUGUUUAUCAGAAACAUUUUUGGCUGCAGACAGUAUAAUGCUGACAUUGCAAAAUAUCCUUGAAGGGUUAUCUGUAUUUCCCAAAGUGAUAUCAAGAAAUAUUGAGAAGGUUUUACCCUUUAUGGCAACAGAAAACAUCAUCAUCGCGAUGGUCAAAGUUGGAGGAGAUAGACAAGUGUGCCAUGAAAAAAUAAGAGUUUUAUCACUAGAGGCAGCUAGUACAGUUCGUCUAGAAGGUAAAGACAAUGAUCUUUUGGACAGAAUUGCGAAAGAUCCAUAUUUUGCACCAAUUUUGGAUCAGUUACCUCAUCUUUUAGAUCCAUCUACUUUCGUUGGGUGUGCACCUGAUCAGGUAAAAUAUUUUUUAAAAGAAGAAGUACAGCCUGUGGUCAAUAAAUACAUUUCCAAAAUCAAAACUACAGCCACAAAACUGGAUAUCUAAAUCACAAUACUUUUUAAAUACCUACUAAAAUUCACCAAAAAUUAGACUUUCAAAUGCUUAAACUCUUUAAAUUAGUGAAUUAACAAAUUGUAGCCUUAUGUUUUAAUAAUAAAAUUAUUAAAGAAUUAUAUUAUUUUCA